GGAGCAGCAAAGUCUGCACUGGCGGCAGUUCGUGCGGGCCCGCGGAAUGUGCGCGCCGGGCCCCCCCUCCCGGCGUGGCGGUAGCGGCGAGCAUGAGGGCGCGAUUUGAAUCGCGCCAGAUUCUUGUUGUGUCGUGUGGCGUGUGACAAUGGAUACGGCGGCGACAGUGCGGUGAGAUGCCCUUCGUGAAGUGGACCAUCGAGCCGGUCUUCCUCAGCCGGCAACCCAUACCCCCGGAUAAAAAUGUCACCGACGAACUCGAGGCGAGCGCGAACUCGACUCUGGUCGGGACCCUGCGGCAACUGGCGUGCCUGGUGGCCGUUGCCGACAACAUCUUCGAAGGAAUCGCCGCCGAGUGCAAAAUCAUCUACGAACGGAGUGUUCAACUGAAGGAUAAGCUCGACCGAUGCGAGAGGAGCGUGUCUCAGCUCAACGCCAAGGCUGUCCCAAUACCCUUAGGAGACCUGACCAAGUUCAGCCAGCUGAAAGACCACUACCGGACGCGGUACGAGCAUGCCAACUGCCUGUUCACGCGGGACUCGAGGCCCCAGCGGGUGCGCCAGCUCUACGAGCAGGCCGCGGCCACGCCUGCCCUGCACGUGAUCCGCGGCGCUGCCGUAGACGAUGGGAGCGGCGCCGAGGACUCGCCCCGGAGACUGUUCCUGUGCAUGCCCGUGUGGGGCGACGCCUCACGCGCCAGGAACGUAGACCUCGACAUCGAGACCCGCAGGCCUGCUAGCUUGGUUACUGCUGGCCAAGAUGCGCGAGACAGCGGAGGGGAGGAGCUGUUGACGCUGCCGUCUCCCGAGGAGAAAAUGCACGCUUUGUCCUUGGAGUACCCGGCCGUCGUGGUUCCUAUCGACACAUCAGAGAGCAGUUUCAACCGCUUGUCAUCAGUGCGGAGGUCUUUGAUACACGUUGACUUCCUGAUCAAGCGCAAGAAGCAUCACAAGAGAAGAAACACUAUCUCGGACGGGAACUCCAAGGAGAUCGUAGAGGCGCUUUCCAGCCGCAAGAAGUCUGGCACGUUGGUCAAGACGGAAGCCCUGAUCCAUAGUUCGUGCCAGACAGACGACGACCUGCUCCAGACGGCGACCAGCACCAAGUCUAGCGGGCGAAGCGGCGGCGGUGCCACCAGCAAGCGCCGUCCUGAAGAGAGCCCUUCGUCCGGCGAGCUCUCAUCCUCAUCAUCCACCACAACCGAGACUAACGUCAACAGCAAACCCGAAAAGCGGCUGUCCUUCUACGAAGCCAUGAACUUCAGCAGGCUUGGCCGUGACUGGAAGUUCCUCAAGAAGUCCGGCAAGAACAAGGAGGCAGACAGUGGAAGCCACGGGGCGGCAAAAAACGAGACGGGCAGGGCCGCGGAGAGCGGCACGUCCACUGGCGGGAGUGAGAAGAAGAAGCGAUCGUCUUCCCUGCUGCCCAUCUCCACCAACUCUGGCGCCAUGACGGUGGCGGUGAAGCUGCGUGAAACGUCAGCGCGGACAUCAGCCAAGGGCGGCGAAGACGGCCAGUCAUCGAGCGGUAACUGGAGUGCCAGCAGCAGCACGCGGGCUUCUGUGGAUUCAGACCAGCACCACUCGUCGGGGCCAUCCCCGGAUAUGAUCCCGCACAGCCACUCGGAGAGUUCUCUGGGCAGAGACUCGCUCUUCUCGGACAACACGCACCACAGUACCGAUGGGAGGUCUCAUGAUGGGACAACAGCCGGUUAUACAUCGGAUGUCUCCGUUGCCCUGACCGCAACUACACUUGCAUCGUCUUGGAAGCAGCCUGGCCAGGGUCCACUGACUGCCCGCUCUAACAUGAACUCCACUUCAACUGACCAAGAAAGCCAGUCGGGAACCAUAACACCCGAAGCUUGUCAUUCUGAUUCCAAAUCAUCUUCGUCGCCUGGAACUCGGAAGAUCAGCGUUGGCUCGGACGUGUUUACUAAUCCGAUUGACGAUGGCGACUCCUCAGUAUACUCGGUUGACACUGAUGGCUAUUACACAUCAAUGCAUACAGACAGUGGUCUCAAGCAUGGCCUUGUCAAGUUUCCCGGUGAGCAAAAUGGAGAACUAGGUGCUUCUGGUGACAGGGGAUCGCAGACGUCUAUAGACACAAUCGGAAACCUGAGUCUAAACAGCUUUCUCUCGCAGAAUGCAACUGACACGGGAACUGACAACUGCUCAAUUGCGAGCACACUUACGCAAAGAUCGAGGGCGCCACCGCUGCCCCCACCAAGGUUGUCCAGCGUGAGAACGCUGUCACCAAUUCCUUCACAAAAGGAGAGUUCUCCACCUGUGUCUGCCGGUGAUAUAUCGGAAUCGGACUGUGAGGUUGGUGAACGUCUGAGGAGGAAGACGUCUAUUGGCUCGUUUAGGUACCCUUCCAUAUGUGCGGUGUCUCCUGAGCCCAGUGACGAGGACAGUUGCCGUCUAGAUGCGGAGAAGCGGGCGUCUGGGCAGAACUCUCCCUUGUCUGAGCCUAACCUCUCUCGUGCUCCGGGAGCAGGAAAUGAGCUUACCAAUCCACCUUCUAGUGCUGUACCAGCGGCAGAAGCAAAACAUCCCAACAUGGACAAAGAAGCCGACGAACCUUCAGCGAGGCUCAACAUGUACGGUGUGCAGUCUGCGCGAGACAUGCCAUUUCUUAACGCGGUUGUCUCUCAGCCAAAUGCACCGCUUACACCGCAGCCGCAACCUGUGCUAGGUUCAUUCUCGUCUGCCGACAGUGACCACACGCAGGGAGUAUUACCCAACACUGCAAACAGAAGUGAACUUAAUGUAGGAGCGUCCAGUGUGCCACGUGGCAGUAAGGGAAAGCAAAGCCCGGUGCAUGCACCAGUUAAAAAGAUAAAUAAGAGGGAGACAAAUAAAAGUUCAGAGGCAAGAACUGCACCAGCAGCGCAUGGCAGCUCGGCAGCUGUGACUACCAGCAGAAAGGAGCCAGCGGGAAGCACAAAAGCGUCUGUUAGUCCUCAGGCUGCACAAUCUCCUAAGCAAGGAACUCCAUCACCCACCUCCUCUCCGUUCUACUUGAACAGACCAUCCUCACUUAUGAGCAAGACACGAUCGCCAUUCCUCUCCUAUCUGUCUAAAAAUUCUUCUCCUCCAAGGACCCCAACUACACCAAGCCCACCAUCACCUGCCAAGUCAGCAGGUCGCGAUAUGAAUGUCAAACAGCUCACAUUGAGUGGCACCAGCCGUAAGGCGCAAGACUGAGCCCACUCUUCACCCGAGCCUUCCAGUCCACAGAGCAGUCCACAGAGCAGCCCACAGACAAGUCCACAGACAACGCCCCCUGCUGUGCCCCCUCCUCCACCUCCACUUACCUACAGCAGCCGAGUGCUAGAACAAGGAUCCACAAGACAGCCAAGUGCGAUCAGUGAUGCAAGUAACGACUUUGCACAGACACCUUCCUACAGCAGGGCUGGUGCAAGAGUGACUCUAGAUUCUGAAGGCAAGGUCAUUUACAGUUCUAAUUCACUGGGAAGGCAUCGUGACGGCAACAUGAUGAAGUGCCCUGUGCAGCAUGUACCUUCAGGAAGCACUGGUGUUCCGGGUAAGUGCAUGACCUUGCCUGCAUCGAUGCCUGUUGCACCAGGCUUGAAUCAGCGUGCUUAUGUCCGGCUGGACCCCAGCGGCAAAGUGGAGACGUACACAAGCAGCACGAUUCCAAGGACUCGGUACUCUGUGUCUGGUGCUGUGACAUCUCCUGACACGAGGCCACUUUUGCAGUACAGGGAUGGAAUGUUUAGGUUGAGCAGUCCUCCAAACAGCUCAUCCACACCAAGCACAAGGCCUCAGUUUCCAUUGUCGGGAAGGAGCACCCCACAGCCUACCACAUCGGGACACGUUCAUGGCACCAUGUCUGGCCGGAGCACGCCUCAGCCUUCUGCAUCAGGUUACUUGAGCAGUCAGUCUUCGGGAAGAACUACUCCAGUUCAACGUCCUGCAUCCAUUUCAACCCCGUAUUCAAACAGGCCAUCCGGUGCAAGCACUCCUAUCUCUGAAAACAACUCUUCAGGUCGCGUGACGCCUCUGCACCACUUUUCACCUAUCAGUGUGCCGUCGACAACUUCACCCGGCAGAAGAACUCCACUGCAGCCUUCCCCAAGGGAACCAGUUGGGCCCAGCUGGGUGUCGGGGUUGCCAGCUUCUCCACCGACGUCAUCUACUAGCCCCUCAAAUGCUGUACAGCACAUGCCACCUUCGUACAUGAUUCAGGCACCUGUGUCGCGCCUUCAUCCUAGUGGCAGGACCACUCCGGUGCAGCAGCACUCAUCACCUACUAAUACCCACAUUCCAAGCCAUGCUCCCUUCCCAGCAGCGCAUAGUCAUAAUGGUCGUCCUACUGCUUCCAGCCCGGUGUCUUCAUGGAACUCUGGUCAGACCACACCGGUGUCUAGAAACACUGCAAGGAGCCCAACACCAGUUAUGCAUUACGCACCCCAGGGUCAUCGAAUGGAGAACAGCGCUGCUUACGCUUCAGUGCCAAGACACAUGCCACCUCAGGCCUACAGGCACAGUCCCCAUGACGAGAAUUUGGUCAAUGGAAGGAUGACACCGGUUGAUAUACAGCACCACAAUUCUGCAAACCAGUACAAGUUUCCAGACAGAGCCAGUUCAGGCAUGAUAGCACAUGAUCAUCUUGAUGGAAAUGCACCAAGGAACCAGUAUUCAUCCUACAUACCGAGGGCUCCAUACCAGCCUAGCCAAUCACUGGUACGGGGACCCCUUGGUCAGCAAAUCGGGAUGUCAGGAACUCCAAGGGGAGUUGACCCUAGAAGUUCAAUUCCUAACCACACACCACAUACAGCAAAUGGCAUUCGUGAAACUCAUGCCUACAGUCAGGGUGGGCCCUUGCCCCACGGUUAUCCUUCUACUCUUUCUCGGCAGUCGCCGGUGCCAAGGAGCCCAAUGAGCUCAACCCGCCUGCUGGCACCUGACCAUGCUAGGGCAGAAUAUAUGCAAUCUGCCCAAAAUUCAGUUCCAUCAGCCACGUAUGGGCAGGGUCCUCGAAGCCCUCCACAGCCAAUUCACAGCAUGCAGAAUUUGAGGCAACCCCAAAGCAUUGCUGGACCAGGCCACUUCGGAUCAAGGACAGCCUUCGACAAUCAGAGGCAGAUGACAGGAGUGUACAUUCCAAGCUCACCGCAGAAUUCCUACCAGGGCAUCAACCACGUUGGCAUGCCCAUGCCAGCCACAAUUGAGCCGCCGUACAGUUUACGAGAUCUCCGUAAGGAAGGUUCUCCCACAGCACUGUCUUCCACGAGCCUUUCUAGUUCUGGAUCGGAGAAGUCCCCAGACAGCAGCAGCAGCACGUCAAUCACUCGUGAGCUGGCGCCACGAAAACCUAUGUCCACAGAAGAUCUCUUUGCCGCCAUCCAUACGUCCAAGAAAAAACAUGGCAUCAGGACUGACACGGAUAUGGCCCAAUCACCACUGUCAUCAAGAUCAAGUUCUCCCCUGGUUGUAACCAGCCGCCCGAGCACGCCAAGCCGGGGUGGCCUCGCAGAGACGGGCUUCCUGAGCCCGCGUGGGGCCCGUGACCGUCGCAGCUGGUCGGGUGAUGUCACCGCAGCACGCGUCUGUAGCCCGUUGGAGCGGCGGUCGCUCGCGAAUGACCGUCUAGGUCCUGCAAAGCCCACGAGCCUGCUCGACUUCAAGAAGCUCCUCCUGCAAACAAAGACGUCCACCAGCCAGAACAACUUGGAGAGGAAGUCAGCCGUCGAACUGCUCAAGCCAGGCUCCUGCGGCAGGAAGGGGAGCGCCGAAAACGCAGUUCAAUCACUUCCGACGUCACCCGUUAACACCCCGAGCCCGGUGGAAAGUCCGAGCAGCAGCGGCGCCGGUGGCCAGGCGGCAUGGACUUCGACAGUGCCUUUGAAGCGGGGUGGCCGAUCGCGAUCGUCGCUCCAGCAUCGCUACGACCUCAUGUACCCGCCUAUCUUGGAAGACUGUCAAGAAGAAGGGGGUGAAGGAAACAGAACCUCUGCAAUGGUGGACAACAAGGUUGAUGGUGAUGCGGGCGUUGGCUCGGGAAGUAGUGUUCAAACGCAUUCCUCACCUUCGAGCACCUGGGUGUGAGUGUAUGGUGUAUGGCGUGAGCAGACUUGGAAACUGGUGUUGCACUCAUGCCGGUGCUUUUAAGGUGUUCUUUUUUUUUCUUUACCGGUCUCUUUUUACUUUUGAACCAACAGCUCACUGUUGUCUAUACAUUACUGCCAAGGUUGUGAUUGUAAAGGCAGAAAAGAACAUCGUUAGGACUGCUGCCUUGAAAAACAAGGUGACCACACAUAAUGUUGUGUGUUUUGGGGGGAGAAAAAAAUGUUUAGCUCGCCUAUUUUCUGGGCUCUGCUACUUCUCUCUUUUUGCUUUUGCAGUUUCACAUUUGUUCUUGGCAGGCGUGCACUUUGUCCUGUGAGGCAGCUCUUUAAGAACUGUUCCAUUUACCAUUUGCAGCAUUCUCAAGCAGUCGUAGGCUGCGCUUUUCUGAAAUUGACUAGACAUUUAGUAAUCAUCAUUCAUCGUUUAGUUUCAUUUCUGCUGCUUUUAGCGUCCAAGCCCCGAUGGCUUUAUUUUCAAACAUAGGUAGAGUACAAUCGGGUGUGUAUGUACAUUAGCCAGGAAGGUCGUUUUACUUAUAGGGAGCAUUAUUACUUUUUUCUUUUUGUAGCCCUAGUGCAUGAAAGAGUGGCUGGCUUAGAGAAGUGCAAACACAUUGAUAGCAUCAUGCAUUAUUUUGGUUGGAGAUACUUUUGCACGCACACAGAAUGUUUGAAUGUACAUGAGCGUUCGUUUACGUAGUAACUUGAAUUCAUAUCAUUUUGUAGUGCGCAGAUCAUUCCGGUGUCAUCAAAUUUUUUACCUAUUACUGUGUGACGCUUUUUCACAUUAAAAUACUUUUUUUAAAUGUAUUAAGUAUUAGCAGUGGUAUGGCACGCUGAGCAUAAGUAUGGGCUACUUUUUACCUCUUGACCAUAAUACUACGUGGAAGGCAGGCACUCCAGUGGCACCUUAGUUAGUUGCACAUUAGACUCAUGGAUCCACUUAUUAGUACGACGAAGGAAUCGAUUAGUAUCUUUGAAACUUGGUUAUUCUCUGUAAUGUCGUCUCUAAAAUGUACCAACUGUGAUGUGGUACUAUAGGGGGGGGGGGAGGGGGGGGUGUAAUAUUUCUGUGGUAUUCAAAAAACAUUUCAUAUAUAUACUGUGUCAUCUUGACGCCUGUAUGAGCUUUGUUACUUUGGAGUGCUUGGCACUAAUGGUUUUAAGCAGCAUUCUUUAUUUACAUUUUCCCAAGGACGCUGAUGUUGCUGUUUAUCAGCAAUGAAGCUGCCAAGCUACUAAGCGGGGAACUUAACUUCACUUUAUACCUACAGCAAUGACUGGUUGCUCUAUAGGCCCUUUAAGAUACUAGCUUGCCAUGCGGUUUUUCUUAGCAUUGAAUGAACUAUGUAUAUAAAGCCAAUUUAUGUUAUUCUUAUUUAUGCUUUGUUACAAUUGGAAUGCUUUCUGGUGCUUGGUGUCAUAGUAACCUUCCCAUUUUUGUCGGAGUGUGCUGAAAUUUUGGAUGCGUUGGGGUGUGUUAUUGAUUUUAGGGUAUCAGUACCAAAGGCUGGAUUAGGAUUAGACCUGUAUACCAACUCCUUAUUUGAAUACAAGUGAAAUGCUUGUAGAAGUACUUCACUUGCACUCAUUAAUUCAGAAAGUAUCUGUGGUACAUAUGCUUUCUGCAGUAAUGACAUUGUUUAGACCCUACUCAAAGCUCGGUGAAUGACUUUAUUGUGCGUACAGUGGCUGCCUGUUUGCAUGUUUACGCAGUGGUUGAAUGCUGUUCCACUGUAGUGAUUUCAUGAUGCAGUACUUCCAGUAUUGAAAGGUUUCAUUACCGAUGGUACCUAAAUAUGGUGACCUGAAUUCUUUCCAAUGAUUUUUGUUAUGGGAAUAGGUAAUGUCCAAGAGGAACAGUUGUCAUUCAUGACUACUUGGAUAUUGAGUGUAACCUUCUUAAAUACUGUUCAUGGUGAAACUGUAUGUUGUAGUCGCAGAAACUUGGCAUGGAGAGAAUACAAAACACUUAAAGUUUUGACUAGUGCAAUCUACAGUUUCCACCAGAAAUAACUAACCCAGCAUGUCAUCUCCUAUUCACACUGCUUCUGUAACUGUCAGCAGAGAAUUUUAGCUUGUCCCUGUACACAUUACCCUUCACAGAAUACCGGGUAACCAGAGAUGUGGACGGCAGUAACAAUGCCAAUAGUGCCAGCUUGUGGUGCUUUGGCCACCCACACUGAAAUAUUAAUUUUUUUUUUGUUGUUACACAAGCGUUCUUGCCAAAAGUGAAUUAAAAAGAAAAGCUGCAUGUUGACGAUUACGUCACCGCAAACACUUUACACCAACAUCUGAGUAGAAUACUGGCUGGUCACUGCAAUAGUAGCACUAUGUCCUCUCCACUUAACUAUGCGGUACAAGAUGGUGCCACCAAUGUAGCUGCUUGUGUCUGGGCCUUCAAUCACCCGGUAUUCCACGAAAGAUAACAUGUACAACGUGCGAGCUAAACUUCUCUAGCGAGUGUUUUCACUUCUCUUUACCUCUUUUGGUGAUGUGCCAUACACAGCAUCGUUUCACCUUCUUUCCCUGGGGUGUGCCCGCACGUCAAGCAUGUACCGCACCUCAUCGUCACGCUGAACCUAGUGUCAGAAACUAGGUGUGACAGUGUGACUUCAUUGUCCUCUCCCAGUAAACCCGCGACUGGUCGCGUGGAUCGUUUUACUUUUUUUUUUUUCUUUCAAGCGGAAUCACAGCAGGGACAUAGAGCCAUGUACGUGUGUGAGUGUGAUUGGAAUCAUCACUUAACCUUCAUGCACAAGAUGUGGUGUGCGUGUGUCACUGCAAGGAUCAUGAAGAAGGAAGCUAGCUGGGUUGAAAAAAAAAAUUCCAGUAGACCUUUGCUUGCGAAUGCCUGACUGGAAGCCACUGCAUAGCUUUUUCUCUCCUUCGUUUGCAUUUGUUUGCACAACGGAUCGUGGUUUCAAGGAUGCCAAUGUCGUUUUUGUCUUGAGAAUUUUGGUUCGCGUAAUCUAUGGCAGACGUAACUUGGUGACCCUAGCUGAGGAGACUGAAUGACACAAUUGUUGAUUUGACCUGUGCAGGAACCGCUUUAGAUUUCAGCACGAAGGAUUUCCCAAGAUACCGGCAUCAUCAUUAGGUCAAUGUUUGCAUGAGCACUUAGUUUGAUCAUUAGGCUGAUCCCCCAUGUUCAUAUUGAAUGUUUUUCCACUUAAUGUACCAUCUCUACAUUUGGGAGUGGAAGGCAGCAGGUUUCCUCAGCUUAGAUAGUAGUCACUGGUCUUUCCUAAUGCUCCCAGUGAUGUCUUGCCGCACAAUAACUUCAUUAUCAUGCACUUGUGUCAUCUGCUUGAAGGUGCUAAAUAGGAGGCCUGUUUGUUAAGCAACUCCUCAUUGCAGGAAUUGUGAAGAAGUGUUAUGGAAGCACAGUGACUACUUCAGUAAAACUGUGGCACUGAAUUCCACUACCAGAAUUGAAGCUGACAUUUCAAGUGUAGGAGCAUUCCAGAAUAAUUGGGUUAAGGUUGUGAAAACGUAAUGAGCAUUUUAAUUUUUAACUUAAGAGCUUCUCGUGAAGUGUGAGACAGCUUCAUGUCAUGUGUAUCCCAGUGGGUUCCCUUCUUGCUACAUUCAUAAUUUUUAGUUUCCUCAGUGUGUUUAGGUUAUCUUGCACUCCUGCAAGAUCGCCAACUCCUCUGCCAGCACGGUCACAAAGUUACGUUUGCACAUGCUCUGAUGGUGUAGGGAGCCCUGUGCGUUUUCUAGUCUCCCCUCUAUUCUUAAGCUUGCACUUCUGUUACUGUACGUCUGGACGCUCUUUCUCGGAAAUUUCUGCCCAGUGUGCCUUAGGAACACUUUUUGCUUCGGGGAUAGCGCAUGUACGAAUGUUGAAGAAGCGACUUUCUAUCCUCGUUAAAUGUUUUACCGGUUCUUUGGGAGUGAUGGUUUAAUAGCAGCCACAUUUACUCGGGCAGUUACAGGGGUAAGCGGGAAAAAUUACGAGACGCUCGCAGGACUGAUCCUGUGGUAGGGAUCGCCGUGAGCCCUAGAAAAGUGUACAUGAGAUACAAACUUAUUUUUAUUACACAUCCAGGGUCUUGCUCUUCUCGGGUGGCAUUGAACAUUGUAUGUAAUGUUAGAAGCAGUUGCUGUCUUCAGCCACGUGCGAAUUGAUGUUUCACGAGGCGGCUGUAUCAAAGGUGAUGUCAGCUAUGUCCUUAGAAUCACGUUUAAUCAGCAUUAAAGAGCAUUUCAUACAUA